GUCAUAACUUUAACUGUAAACUAUAAUGAACCGUCAUAAGUUUCGCUAUAAAUUAAAGUUAUUAUUUGAGUAUGCCAAGAAAGAGGAUGGUGCAACCUAUUUCAAAGUCAAUGUUAAAGUCAGCGUGACAGAUAUUAUCAAAUUUGACAUAAACCUUAUCUUUAACUGCAAUUAUGGUGCAACCGAGAUUUCGUCUUCGAGUAGGGGCUACCCAUAAAUUAUAAGUAAGAUUAGUGUCGCUAUAAAUCUUAUUAAUUGUGCUAGCUUAUUACUAAUUAAGCUUGGACAAUCAUACGGCUAAAUAAUGCCAUAAUUUGCUACUAGGAAUAGAAUUGAAAACAGCAGUAGAAUGAUUGGGUCCUAAUCAAAGCUGUGUUACAGACGAUGGGUUACGUGAUGCGGUACCAGCGCGUCAGUCUCAACAUUCUGGUGGACAGCUUCAUAAGGAUGUUCCACAAUAACAUAUUUCUAUCGGCCAACGUUUCUCAAUGGCUGUUCGAUGGCAUAGAGGAUCGCGUGCUCGAUAUAGCUACACACAUACCGUUCCUGCCGUUCGAUAUACCGUAUGAUAAAUUUGGCUGGUUUUAUACGCGCAACGGGUCUUUGGAAUACGACGGUGUAUUCCUGAUGAACACCGGCGCUUCGGACUUCUCGCAGCUGGGCAACGUUGAGAAGUGGCGUUACUCCAACCGCACCAUGUACCGGGACGAGUGCGGGGUGGUCCGCGGCUCCACCGGGGAACUCUGGGCGCCCGAGUUGGGACAAUCGGAGGUGUACGUCUUCGCGGCGGAUAUAUGCACGUACUUAAUACUGAGCAAAGACCAGUCUGUGACGGUGGAGGGGAUAGAAGGUGUCCAAUAUGCGGCCAAUCGUUCUGUGUUUGAUAACGGACACAACUACCCACAUACGGCGUGUUACUGCGCGCGCGCCCGCGACCGCAACUGCCUGCCGGCGGGCGCGCUCAACGUGUCCGCGUGCCGGUUCGGCGCGCCCGCGUUCGUGUCGCUGCCGCACUUCCUCCACUCGGACGACUACUACCCCGACAAGAUACACGGGCUCCAGCCCACGCCGUCAGUAUAACGCACGCCUAAUAACAAUAGGAACGGGUCAGAUACCGACUUCACGGGUUAGCUGUUAAUUUUAGUAGCGACAGCAAAGAAAUUAAAGUUGUCUAAAUAUUUUUUUUCGAUUCGUCUAACUUUUUACAUAUUAUUGGAUCGAUAAUUAAUAUUAUACGACUUUAUCGAGAAUUAGUAAAAUAUAAGUUCUGAAUUGGUCUCUUAGUUUUUUUUUUAUUAGUAAAUAUAACAUUGACAAGUAAUGAUUGUGUCGUAAUACUACGGCAAUGCUCGGAGCGGAAUUCAAACAAAGAUGGCUGUUUGACAGUCC